AUGAUAAAAAUCUAUUUUUUGUUAAGCUUAUUCAUUACUCUGAUUAAAGCUUGCUCAUAUUUACAGAAUGAGGCUAUGCAAAUCAUCUCAACUCCUAAUGAGGUUAUUAACAUUUAAUUUGCCUCAAUUUUCAAAAUAAAUCAAUUCAAUAAGAUAACCUUAUUCAGUGAUGAUAAUAAAUUUGCAAUAGUAAAGCCAAUUGAGUUGACAGAGCAGUUAAAAGCCAAUAGUUUAUAAAAUAGUGAGGUAGUUUCAUAUAAACUCUUUAAAUCAAAAAAGAGUCGUGAUCCAUUGCAUUCAAUGGCAAUUUUAGUAAAAGUAAAGGAUUACUAUGUUGUAGAAUUUAACUCUAAUAUUUAUAAUACUUUACCUUCUAUCAAUUCAGUAACUGAAAGAGUUGAUUAACCUAAUUCUAUUUGCUAUGAUGUAAUUUAAGUUGAUUCUAUCUUUAUUGUUGAUUGCCAAAAGGAAGACUAAGAUUACUUUUCAAUUGGAUAAGAUAAUUAUAUUCCAAUUCAAAAAGCCAAGAAUUAAUAAAGAAGAUUAGAUUAAAUUGACAAUUAUAUUUUUAGAAGCACAGUAAAUGAAUUGGAACUAUAUAUUUAUGAAUUAAAUACUGUGUAAUUCCUUAAAAUUCUUGAUUAAACAACACUAAGUUAAAUAUUAAAAAAAGAUAACUUCAAAUUAGAAAUAAGAGAUUUUAAAACACAUUCAAAUGGUUAAAUUAGUAUUUUAAAUUCAUAAGGGGAACUAAUAAUAUUAGAAUACAAUAGAUUAGAUAAUGAAUGGAUAUUAAUUAAAAAUAUUGAUACAAAAACUCAAAAUGCAUUUGGUUAUGAUAUUGAUAUUGAUGCUAAUUAAUAUGUAGUAAUUUAAGAACAAAAUCUUUAUUUUAAGUCUAAAACAUCCCUUGAAUACUUAGUUAAUAUAACUAAAAAUGAAAGAAAUAAUGUUUAUUUGACAAAAAAUUAUAUAUUAUUUCAGAAAUCAGAUAGUUUAGUACUUUAUAACUAGAAACUGGAAAAGCUUUAUUCAAUGUUAAUUGAAUAAUCUAAUUAUAAACUUAUUUCUAAUCCAAACUUUGAUAGUAUUAUUACCUUAGAUAAUAUUAACAUUUAUCGCUACUCUAUUAAUAAUGAUUACUAUUUAAGGUUUAAAUCUGAUAAACUUUAAGAUUAGUAUAGUUAAAUUUAGAUUGUUUAAGAUUCAAAUGGAGCUAAGUGUGAUGUAGUUAUUUACUAUAGAGUAGUUCCAAUUGAAACUUUAGAAAUGUUCUAAACUUAAGCAUCAUCUGCUUUAUUUGCAUAUGGAGUUAAUUUGGAUGAAUAAAUGGCUAAAUUCCAAUAGGCUUGUUAAGGUCCAAAUCUCAAAUUUGAAUUUUAUAAUAGUGAUAUUUUAAAAGUAUCUGUCAAAAAUUAUAAGGAAGCAAUUCUGAAAAAUUUAAAUUCAGAAGAAAUUAUUUAUAGAAAAGCAAUCUCAAAUCUUAACACAUAAAAUAUAUAUUUAAUUCAAUAAAAUGAGAAUUUAUAAAUUGAAGGUUAUAAUUGUGAUAUUAUUGAAUAAACUAAUAUUAGUUGCAAUAAUUGGUUUGAAAAAAUUAUAUUUCCAAAAUUAGAAGAUUCAUAAAAAUAAAUUUGGUGGAUGACUUAGGAUGGUCUUUAUUUUGCUAUUUUAAAUGAUAAAUCAGUUGAUGUCAAUUAUAUAUCUUAUGAUAAAAAAGAAUUUAAAAAAUUUUAAGUUAUUUAAUUAUAAACUCAAGGAAAAUCAAUAAAAACUGAUGGAAGCCAUUUAUUUAUAUUGAUUGAAAAAGAUGUUGAAAUUUAUGAAAUUAAUUCAAAAGAGUGGAAAAAGCUUACAAUAAGUUUAACAGAAGUGAAUCAGAUUUUUGCAUCACCUUUUAAAUAGGAUAUGUUAUUAGUCUACGAUAAUAAUAAUUUAUCUAUAUACAGUGUUUAAUAUUAAAAAAUUACAUUAAUCUGGUUUACUCCUUUAGAAAGCCAAAUUGAUAUAAAUGUUGCAAUUACUAAUGGUCAACUUUCUAUUUUGAUAAAAUCAGAGGAAAUACAUUCAUUACUUACAUAUAAUAUUGAAAAUGAAGGAAACAUUUAUUUUUAAAGAAAACAUAGUUUGUAUCAUCAUGCAUAAGGUGAUAUUUCAUUAUUUGAUUGCAAUUAUUUUAAUAACUAAUUAUACAUUAUAGGAACUCAUGAGAAGACAAAUAAUAAGGCAAUUUUAGUUUAUAAACUUACUGAAGUAAGCAUAAACUCUUAAUUCAUGAUCUUAGAUAUACCAACAGCUCGGCUAUCAUCUGCUAAUAACUUUGUUUUCAUUACUGAAGCAAACUAAAAAAAGUUUUAUUCAUAUUACAUAGAUGGUAAUUACUUUGUAAGUACUUCCUUUAAUCUUCCAGAUAAUUAAUAAAUCUACAAUAAAGAUAUUAAAUUAUAAGGAAAUGUUUCUAAUACUGAUUUUUAAAGAAUUAUCAAAGAUGUUCCAAUUUCAUUAAUAAAUAGAGGAAUAAAUUUAUUUGGAAUAGUAAAUGAAUUAAAUUUUAAUUAUGAAAAAGAUGGAAAUAAUAUUCAUUGUUUUGAUUUAGGAUAAUCAUGGUAUAGUGGUUAAGCUUUUUAAAUAGAUUUAUAAUAAGGAAAUGAAGAUAUUAAAUUAUAAAAAACACUUAUUAAAUAAUAAUAAUCUAUUGAAUAUAGUUAAUCUAUUAUGGAAUAUGAUAAUAAUACUUUAAUUUAAUUAAUUUCUAAUAAAAUUAUAUUCAUAUCUAAAGAAGAUUUUUAAAUUACAGAAUAUUAAUUAGAUAAUUAAUAUUAAUUUAUUAAUAUACUUUAUAUUUAAUCAAAUCUUAUUUAUCUUUAACUUAUCUUUAAUAAAUAAUAUUUAAUUAAAUUAUUAUUAUUUCAAAAUUCAUAAAUUAUCUUAUUAAAUGGAUAAAUUACUUAUAAUUAUUAUAUCAAAAAAGCAUUUUAAAACUAGGAUAGAUUCUUUGUAUGGAUAUAUAAUUAUGUAAUAGCAUAUGAUACUAAAAAUGAUCCUACUAAUUUGAAUGAAUUUGAAGUUAUCUAAAGGGUUUUUCCAUCUUCUUAUCCAGUGUCUCUUGAGUUUAAACAUGUAAAGGAUAAUAUUUACUACUUUUUCUUUAUUAGUUAGUCUGCCUAAUUAGAAGUAGUAGCUUAUGAAAUAGUUAAGAACUCUUAAAAAAAUUUUUUCCUGAUUUAUUAAAUAGUAGACUAUCUAAAAAUAUAAGGCAUGUUUUUCCCUCUUGAUUACAUAUGCAGUGGAAUGGUAAUGACAGAAAAUUAAGUUAUUAUAUCAUUAAAUAAUUCUAUUUCAUAUACUUAUGAAUAUAAGAUUGAUUGUUAAGAUAAUUAUUUAUGCCAGAUAACAUAAUUUAGUUAUAAGAAUAGUUAUCAGUAAUAUGGUAGUUGGAGUUUGAAAAAUGAAUAUCCAAGUUUAUUUGUCAGUGAAAACAUACUUUCUAUAAUUUAUCAGUCUGAAAAGGAUCAUGAAUUAUUGAUUUAUGAUUUAAAUGAUAAUUCUAAUAAAACUGGACCAAUUUCAGCUAUAGCUUAUUUAAAGUCGAAGAACCUUGAAGAUCAAAAAAUAGUUUAAUCUUUUGUUUAUAAUUAUAAAGAAUAACUACAUUUAUUGAGUUCAGCAGAAGACAAAUAAAAAUUGCAACACUAUAUUAUAAGAAGAUCACCUUAGAUUUGUAUAGAGAAACAGUCAAUUUCAUAAAAUGUGAAUAUUUCAUUGAAGAAUUAAAACUAGGAAAAAUUAGUAAAUUUAAAAUUGAAUAUUUAUUAAAGAGAUUCUGAUUCUUCUCAUUUUAAAAUAUGGAUAAUAUUGGUGAUUGUAUUAUUUAUUGUGAUAGUGGGUAUAUCAGUUAUAAUAUAUUGCUAAAAGAAAAGAAGAAGGUUAGUUAAAUAGGAUUUAUUAACAGAGGAUUGA